UGCCCGCCGAUCUCCGUCGCCCACAGCCUCUGGAUGGAUGAGUAUGCCCUAUCCGAAAUAGGGUCCGAAUAUCAAAUAUCAGUCAAUAUCAUCGUGGACUUGGACUCUACAGGUGUGAAUCUUCUCAAUGACCUUGAACACCAGUUCAAAAGACUUGAGAAGAUUGAGAUUAUUGUGCAGGAGGCAGAGAAACGGAGAUGCCCUAACAAGAAAGAUUUUGACAACUGUGGUUUAUUGGUCCAAACAUUGACCAACUGCAGGACCUGUGAAAAGGAGAAGACCAUUUGCGCUGGAGGAUCUCCUGGAAAUCAAGAAUACUUUGACAAGUGCACCUGCGUAUGCACCCAGAACAAAUGUUUCGAUUUAAAGUCCGAAGAUGAAUGCACUCCGUGCAAAGAUAUGACAUCACAUCUUGCAGAGGUUAUAGACUGUGGAGAGAGAAAUAUUACAGUUACAGAAGAUCACGAUGUUCUCCUUGCCUGUAACUUAGAAUGGUAUCCGAGGCUUGAGGACGGAUAUACAAACACUUUCAGUAAGACUACUCAUCCUAGACGAAGGGUAACUGAGGAUCCUUAUAUUGAGCUGAAAGAAAUUCAGAAAUAUGAAGCUGGCCAAUACAUAUGUACCACCAUUCUUAAUUCUGGUGUGCCAAUCGCUAAAUUUACUUAUAACGUGAAAGUUGGCAGCGGAUUAGGAGCAGUAACUGGAAAAUACGAGCUUGUGCCAACACUUCCCGCAGAGACAGAGAUGACAACCUCCGAGCCACUAGCUGAGGAUCCCACACUUAUGUUACCCGACAUUGCAGCAUAUGUAGCUGGUGCCAUCACCUUAUCACUGUUCGCUGGCCUAGGUAUCUUCAUGUACUUAAGAAAAACAAAAAAGGCUAAGAAUAUCUCGCCAGUGUAAAGGCUUUAAGAUCAUGUGGCCACACAAAAAAAAAUAAAGAAGAAAAAAAAGAUGAAAAAAAAACCAAAGAAAAAAUAAAUAAAAAACCACAGAAAACUUAAAAAAAUAAAUGUUUC